AUGGCGCUCCAAUCUCCUGUUCUCUUCUGCCACCAGGCUGACAACCAUCUACACCCAAUUCCAUCAUCAUGUCGAGGGGGUUUUGAUUUCUCUCUUCUCUUUGAAGAAGUGAUUCUUGGUAUUAUACCUUUAGCAAUCAUAGCAUUGAUCCUACCAUGGCGAAUAUGGCACUUGUUUAAGAAGCCCCGCAAAGUGGUACCAUCGGUCUUGCUCUACGCCAAACUUUCUACAUGGAUCUGUUUGGGAAUCGUGCAGCUCGGAUUAACGACACAAUGGGCGCGGCCCUCGACCUCGCGAACCGAUGCCUCCAUCGCCGUCAACGCCAUUCUCACCUCCGCGUUCUUCCUCCUUUCCCUCCUCUCCUACGCAGAACACAACUUUUCCACGUUUCCUUCCUUCCUUCUCAAUAUCUUUCUCUUCACCACGCUCCUCUUCGAUAUCGCAAAAACAAGGACGCUCUGGCUUCGUGAAAAUGGAGGAACUGGUGAAACAAUCGCGGCGCUGACAUCGGUCACCGUUGCGCUCAAAUGCUUUCUUCUCUUACUCGAGAUGGUGGAGAAAAGGUCAAUACUCCGGGUAGAAUACAAAGAUUAUUCUCCAGAAGCUAUUGGGGGCAUAUUCAACAAGACUUUCUUUUGGUGGUUAAAUCCUUUGUUCAGACGAGGGCUCAACCAAUCCCUCGCCGUGGAGGAUCUGUAUGUCCUUGAUAAGCAGCUAUCUUCGAAGCGCCUGCACUGGACUCUUGAAACUGCUUGGAGUAAAGUUUCGAAGAAAGAUCCGAAUACCCUACUCCUCUUGACAUUCAAAACAUUCAAGUGGCAUAUUUGCGCUGCCAUCCCCCCGCGAGCACUCCUUGUCGCUUUGAACUUUUGUCAGCCACUCCUACUACAUAGGUCACUUUCAUUCUCGACGGAGCCAAUCAACGGCGCAACGAACAAUGUUGGUUAUGGGCUGAUCGGGGCAUAUAUCCUCGUAUACAUUGGACUAGGAGUGACAAUGGGACAGCAGCAGCACCUGACAUACCGAGCAAUAACAAUGAUCAGAGGCGCCAUCGUGUCAAUGGUUUACAAAAAGGCGUGCGCUUUGAAUCUCAAAGACGCCGAUCCAGCCGAGUCGGUGACCCUUAUGAGCGCAGAUGUCGAGCGAAUCGUUCAAGGCUGGCAAACUAUGCACGAAAUGUGGGCAAAUGUCGCAGAAAUUGCAUUGGCAAUUUUCCUUCUGGAGAGGGAACUAGGCGUUGCCUGUGUGGUUCCGGUUGGAGUGACCAUUGUGGCUCUAGUGGGAUGCUUAGGCGGAAUGGCUUUUGUAGUAGCAAGGCAAGCCAUGUGGCUUGAGGCAAUUGAGAGACGUAUAUCUGCAACCUCAUCAAUGCUAGGCUCCAUGAAAGGGAUUAAAAUGCUUGGACUUCAGUCUUCUCUUAUGAAAUUUGUCCACGGUCUGCGGACGGAUGAGCUUGGGAUUUCAGAGAAGUUCAGGAAGCUUUUGGUUUGGAAUAUGGCUUUCGCUUGGUUGACCAGGAUAUUUGCUCCCAUAUUUGCAUUCGGUGCCUUUGUAGGUAUUGCGCAUAAUAGAGGUCAAGAUUCGGCCCUGGAUACAUCCACUGUGUACACCGCGUUAUCACUCUUUUCCCUCUUAGCUGAUCCGCUAUUGUCACUUGUGAUGGCUCUAAUGGCAUUCGCUGGGUCUGUUGGCUCCUUCGCAAGAAUUCAAGGGUUCCUAGAAAAGGAAAGCCACAUUGACCCAAGGGACAAAGUCCUCGCACACCCCUUCAACCCGCUGAAAGUAUCCAAACAGUUCGCAUUAGUCGCACAAUCAGAGGUCGCUGUCAGCGAGUCUGACUCUUCACAAUUCUCCACUAAAGGUUCAUUAUCACCCAUUCCUCACCAGAUGAUUGCAGUUCAGAAUGGAUCCUUCGGAUGGGACCCGGAAAAGGAACCGUGCGUACAGAGCAUGACUAUAACCAUCCCAUCCGGGACUUUUGCGAUGCUAAUCGGGCCAUCGGGCUGUGGGAAAUCAACGCUGCUCAAAGCCAUUCUUGGCGAGGUGCCCUGCAGGUCUGGGGCUAUCCAGCUCGCAACAGAAAGCGUGGCCUUCUGUGACCAGUCACCUUGGCAUAUGAAUGCACCAAUCCGAGACUGCAUUGUCGGGAUGUCCACCUUUGACGAGGUCUGGUAUAUGUCUGUUAUAAAUGCCUGCGCUUUGGCGAAGGAUUUUGAGCAACUUCCCCGUGGAGAUGAGACUAUCAUUGGUAGCAAGGGUAUCUCUCUUAGUGGAGGGCAGAGUCAGCGAAUUGCAAUUGCAAGGGCAGUAUAUUCCAGAAAGGAGCUCGUCAUCUUCGACGACGUCUUCAGCAGUCUGGAUGCAGAAACGGAAAACCAUAUAUUCCAUCACUUGGUAGGAAACCAUGGCCUUCUACGCUCAAUUGGCGCAACGGUGCUGUUUGCUUCAUCUUCAGUCAAACGAGUCCCUUUUGUUGACCAUAUCAUUGUCCUCGACAAACACGGAUAUAUCUCCGAACAGGGAAGUUUCGCAGCACUCGAUUCAGCGGGUGGUUAUAUCUCAACUUUCUCAUUGGGCCACGCCGACACGGAUAUCAAGAUGGGCCAAAAUGAUAAAAUGGAAAAGCCUAACAUACAACUUGACAUAAAUGAUAAGGACCCCGAAGCAGAAUCACAUGAUUACAGGGGAAAUGGCGAUAUAUCUGUCUACUUGUAUUACAUCCGGUCCAUUGGAUGGAUGUCGUCGAUAUUUUUUGCUGUGGCGAUUGCAGGCUUUAUUUUCUGCAUAUCGUUUCCAACCAUUUGGGUGAAAUGGUGGGCGAGUUCCAACGAAGCCAAUCCAGGAAAACACACAGGCUAUUAUCUAGGUAUAUACGCAAUGCUUGGGGUAGUAGCGAUGCUCUCUCUGGUGGCAGGAGCCUGGCAAAUGAUCAUAAAAAUGGUGCCUAAGUCUGGUGAAGCAUUUCACAGGCGACUUCUAAGCACAGUUCUAAGCGCACCCAUGCUGUUCUUUUCCACCACAGACAGUGGUUCCAUCCUUAAUAGGUUCAGUCAGGAUUUGCAGCUCAUCGACAUGGAACUGCCAAUUGCAGCAAUUAACACAUUUGCCACCUUCGUUCUUUGCUUAUGCCAAAUGAUCUUUAUGGGCAUCGCCUCUAAAUACGCUGCCAUUUCUUUUCCCUUUGUUCUUUUAAUUGUCUAUGCCAUUCAGAAAAUAUACCUUCGCACGUCAAGGCAGCUGCGAUUUCUAGAUCUCGAAGCAAAGGCACCCUUGUAUUCCCACUUUACCGACUCGCUGAGUGGUUUGGUCACGCUGCGAGCAUUCGGUUGGGAACAAUCAUUACAAGAAAAGCACUACCAGCUUCUCGAUCGCUCUCAAAGGCCCUUCUACCUUCUCUACGCCGUCCAACGUUGGCUCACUCUCACCCUGGAUAUGGUAGUUGCAGGCAUCGCAGUGCUUCUCAUUAUCCUAGUGGUCGUGCUACGGGGAGAGAUCAGUGCAGGCUAUGUCGGUGUAGCACUGCUGAAUGUCAUCAUGUUCAGUCAAAGCAUUAAGCUCCUCGUGACUUUUUGGACUAACCUCGAAACCCACAUUGGAUCAAUACUACGUGUCAAGACCUUCACUGAGACAGUCCACUCUGAAGAUCUACCAGAAGAGCGUGAUCCAGUCCCACCGGGCUGGCCUGCUGAGGGAAACAUCGAGUUCAAGUCUUUGUCCGCGGAAUAUAGAGUCUCCGAGCCCAUCCUAAACGAUAUAAACCUAUCAAUCAAAGCAGGAGAAAAAAUAGGUAUUUGCGGCAGGACAGGAAGCGGCAAAACCUCCCUCAUCAUGAGUCUUUUCCGAAUGAUCGAAUUUCACAGCGGCAGCAUCACCAUCGACGGCCUAGACCUCACGAAGCUCCCACGCCAGGAGAUUCGCGCACAUCUCAACGGCGUCUCCCAAAGCCCUCUCCUCAUACAAGGGAGCGUAAGAGUAAAUGCAAACCCAACAGCCUCCACCAUCGGAUCAAGCAAAGUCUCAGACCAAGCAAUUCUCAACGCCCUCAAAUCCGUCAACCUCCACACCAAGGUCCUCGAAAACGGCGGCCUGGAUGCAGAUAUCGAUGACUUGCAUCUCUCCCACGGUCAGAAGCAACUUUUCUGUUUGGCUAGAGCAAUUUUGAGACCUGGCAAUGUCAUUGUCCUUGAUGAAGCCACCAGCAACGUCGACACCAAAACCGACGAAAUCAUGCAGCGUGUCAUCCGCGAGAAAUUCGGCUCGCAUACCAUCCUCACAGUCGCGCACAAGCUCGAUUCUAUUCUCGACUACGACAAGGUAAUCGUGCUCGAGGAAGGUCGAAUCAUCGAGACCGGCGUACCCUACGACCUGCUCGUCGAGGAGGGCUCGCAUUUUAGACAGUUGUAUUACGCCGGAUAUAACUUGGAGGCUGGGUUUGGGUUUGGGUUUGGGUCUGCAUCUGCAUUUGCAUCUGAGUCGAGGUCUGGGUCCGGGUCUACCUAUGGGCUUGGGGAGGUGGUUCCGAGGCCUGUUUGA